AUUCUCGAUUUCUCGCCAGUGCCGCGCGAACCGCCGACAGUAGCGCCCGUCGCGUUUCGUUCGUGUUCGAUAAAAGUUUUUUUAAUUCUUUUCGAAGUGUGAUUUGAAAAGUUGGUAACAAUAAAAGUAUACGAAUUGUUUUAUUAUUUUCGAAUAACGAAUUGGAUGGUGUUGUGAACAAGUGUCUCGAUUGUUGUAAACAGCUACCUGACCGACGCGUGGCGGAACAUAAAAACAAACUCUCGUCUCGCGUUUCGAAUGGUCCCCGGCAAUAAUUAGUUUGGUAAAAGUGAGUGUGUGUGCUGUGGACGCUUGAUGGUUCAAUUAGAACUGUUUUAUUAAGCUUUCGUAUGUACCACUAUUUCGCUUAAUCGGCUCUUUCUUCGGAUUACACAUGUUGAAGUUGGAGUCACCAGACGUGCGCAUGGCGCUGCCGCUGCCGGCGCGCGCGCCGGACCCCACGGCGCUGGCGGCCUACUGGGCGGAGUACGAGGACCUCUGCCGGCAGAUCAGCGCCGCAACCGAAGAUGAUGACAACCAUUACGAAGAAGGAGAAUUGGAGACCGAGUGGCUCCAAGCGGCUGGUCUUGGAUCACUAGCAGCGCCGUUCCAGGCCGGGCUGGAGGUCACCGAGGCCCAGCUGGGUGAGGCAGUCCGGCCGCUGCCCAGGGAACAGGCCGCUGCAGUCCGCAGACGCGUCAGGCGACUCAACAGAACUGUGAGGAGGAAGCGAGCCGCUUCCCGAGCCAGGAAACCUGACAUCAGAGAUGUAUUUAGAGAUUUAGAGAACUCAAGUGGUAGUGAACCGCGGUCGCGCAGUGCGACUCCCGACUCAUUGGAUUCUCUGCCGAGCGGUGGCUCCGGCAGCCCGCCCGCCGAGUGGGCCGACGCUGCUACGCCACCAGACUUUGUCGACAGCUUCCCGUCCGUGGGCACCCACACGCCGCUCGCGCGCACGCCGUCGGCGCCGGCGGGCGGGCGGCGCGCGCGCCUGUCGCCGCCAGCCGAGCCGCACUCGCCGCCGCUGCCCAUGCACGAACUCUUCAAACCUAACGACUUGCAUUGGGCAGAUAUUGCGAGUAAUACCGAGGGUAUCGAGCUCCUAGGUUACCAAAGAUACGGCACAGUUCAGGGACCGAGGAUAGGAAAGGAACGAAUCAAUGGAUCUAUACUCAAAGACAAUGAUCCAUUCAUCAGUAACAAUAAGCACGCGGCCGUGUCUCGCGCCAAGAGCGCCGCGUCCGCUCAGCAGCCACUCAGCUUCGAACACAAGUUCAAUCUCGACAGACAAAUGCUCGACCAUGAGGAGGAAUGGCCUGAAGAGGACAGUACGGUAGAUAUCGAAAGCAUUGGCGAGCCCACACUCAAGCGGCUGCCGCCCCUGCUGUGGCUGGAGCUGACCGCACUCUUCGAUCGUUACUCCCUGCCCUUCCAGAAAAGGAAAUCACCCAAGAAGAAGAGGAAAGAAGAGGGUUCAGUAUUUGGCGUAUCUUUGGAGACUCUGGUCCGCAAAGACAUGAUCCUGUGGGAGGAGACUUGGAGCUGUGCGCCCAGCAUCGUGCGAGCUCUCGCCGCAGCGCUAGUGCAGCGCACUGCUGAUGAGGGCCUGUUGAGAGUCCCAGGGAACAAGCAAAAGAUCGAGGCGCUCUGCCAGUUGAUCGAGCGACAGUGGUACUCCGACCGGUCCGCCGUCGAGGCUGCGUUGGCUCGCGCCAGCAGCCACGAUCUAGGAGCUGUGUUCAAGCGGUUAUUGCGUGCGCUACCACAACCACCUCUCACUCAGGAGCUGAUGAGGCUGUUCUAUCACACAUACGCCCUGAGUGGCACGACACAAGGGCGCGCCCUGAACCUGCUGGUGCUGCUGCUGCCGGCGGAGCAGCGCGCCACGCUGCGCGAGCUGCUGCGGCUGGUGCGCGAGAUCGUGGCCCGCCAGGACAUCAACAAGAUGACCGAACACAACGUCGCCAUGAUCAUCGCACCCACGCUCUUCCCACCCAGCCUGCUGAUCAAGCAGUCGGACAGCCUGGAGACCCAGCUGGCGACGGCGGCCAACAGCUGCCACGUGACGGAGGCGCUGAUGCGGUGGUGCGAGCAGCUGUGGGUGCUGCCGGGCUCGCUGCUGGACGCCGCGCAACGGAAGCCGCUGCCGCACCGCCGGAACCACCACACCUGACUCGCACAGCUGCAGUCAUGGGGCCCGGGACCAGGUCGGACUGGCCUUCACGUCAAGUGAACAUUAAUUUUGACCUUAGCAUUGAAACUGUCAAGGUCAAAGUUGAUCAGACGCCAGUACCAGAGUGAAUCGUUUAAGAAGGACAAUAUUAUUUAGUGUAAGUGACCUCCCAACUCAAGGUCGAUCGGAUAGAAGAGAGCGCGACCCGAUUCGAUGGAUGUCCAUUGAAUGGUGCUCACAAUAAGUAUUAUAUCAUAUAAGAACAAUUAUUAUAUCCAAUAUUAUUUUCAGUCAAAUUGUGCUGUGUUUAUUAUUAUUUUAUUCUUGAACAAUAUUUUAGAUGAGUGAUAAUUACUUUAUGCUUACCUACAAUAAUUAUACUCCAUUAUGUUAUUUCGUAUAAUAAUGUGAAUAAGAUGCCAAAUAUUCAACCAUUUUUCUUAAUUAUAGUGAUAUUAUCAUUGUUCCAACUGAGAGGCUGAGUCUAACUGAUGAGUCUUCAAAAAUAUUUGAGUUUAGUAGCCGUUUUACAGAAAUGACGAGUGAAAUCUUAGUAUAAUAAAUAUUGUAAUUGUUCUCAGUGAAAUUAGUUACAUUUACAAGGUCGUAACAUCGAGCUUAUAACAUUAUUGUGAGUGAUGAUUUUAUUGAGAACAAACUAAUUAAUUACUUUGAAAAAAAAGCUUGCAAAAGCUUGGUGCCAUCAAUGAUUCGGAUUCGAGAUUUUAUAUAAAAAUUCUUGACAUUUUGUAUAAUUUACAAGAAUAUUUAAUAACUAGAAACAAUUAAAUUUCGUUAAGAUAAUUGUAAAUUGUCGAUAUUUGAAAAUUUUAUUUAGGUGUUGCCACAUUAAAUUAAUCACACAUAUUUCAAGAAUAUGUAUGUUACCUUUUGGCAAUAAAAUAUAAACGGUUGUAAUAAUGGUGCCUUGCGUUGAUAUUAAGAUUGCACAAUUAUGUUUAAAACAUUGUAAAUACUAUAUACUUCGGUUUUUGUAAAAUAUUUUACCGAUACUAAGCAUGCAAAGACUGACUUGGUGUAUUAUUAUUAUGUAAUAUUAUUUUAUAAGUGUAUCUUCUUUUCAAAAUCAAUAAAAAUGCAUAUUACUUA